CGGAGACGUCAGACUCGCGCCACUUCUUUGCACCGCGACCAGCAGGGAGAGAAACCUCACGCUGCAAGUUGAAUGAACGCUGGUCUCCGGCGGCGGUGAAGAAACUUAAAACCGCGGAUUUAAAACUGCACAAUUCGAUCGUCGGUAUCUUUAGGGUUUUUUUGAAUCACGUCGUCUCAGCUGAGGGUCGCCGUCGUGUCUGCAGCCAUGGCUCGUAAGGAUUACGCGGAAGAGAAAGAAAAAUGCAAAAGGUUCCUGCAGGAGUUUUACUCUGAGGAUGACAACGGGAAGAAGGUGUUCAAAUAUGGAGCGCAGCUUGUGGCGCUGGCACACAGGGAGCAGGUGUCUGUCUGUGUGGAGCUGGACGAUGUGGCGGAGGAGUACCCCGAGCUGGUUGAGAGCGUCUGUGAGAAUGCUAAGCGCUACAUGGGCCUCUUCGCUGACGCGGUCCACGAGCUGCUGCCGGAGUACAAAGAGAGAGAUAUUGUGGCCAAAGAUUCCCUGGACGUGUACAUUGAGCACAGGCUGAUGAUGGAACAGAGGGGUCGCGACCCUGCAGACACCCGAGACCCACGUAACCAAUACCCACCUGAACUCAUGAGGAGAUUUGAGCUUUACUUUAAACCUCCCACGACCUCUAAACCUAAAGUGGUGCGUGAUGUACGAGCUGACAGCAUCGGGCACCUGGUGACGGUUCGAGGCAUAGUCACCCGAGCCACUGAGGUCAAACCGAUGAUGGCUGUAGCCACUUAUACAUGUGACCAAUGUGGCGCUGAGACCUAUCAACCAAUCCAGUCUCCCUCCUUCAUGCCCCUCAUCAUGUGUCCUAGUCAAGAGUGCGUCACCAACAAAUCUGGAGGUCGUCUCUACUUACAAACUAGAGGCUCCAAAUUUGUCAAAUUCCAGGAGAUUCGUAUUCAGGAACAAAGUGAUCAGGUGCCUGUUGGUAAUAUUCCAAGGAGCAUGUCGGUGUACGCCCGUGGAGAAAACACACGUCUUGCCCAGCCAGGCGACCAUGUUGCCAUCACAGGAGUCUUCCUCCCUCUGUUGCGCACAGGUUUCAAGCAAGCUGUUCAGGGUCUCCUGUCAGAGACUUACAUGGAGGCCCACAGCAUCACACUUAUGAACAAGACGGAGGACGACGAGCUUGGGAAUGAGGAUCUGACCGACGACGAGCUGCGCAGCAUCACAGAUGAAGGAUUUUAUGAGAAACUAGCCGGCUCGAUAGCACCUGAGAUCUACGGACAUGAAGACGUGAAAAAAGCUCUUCUGCUGCUGCUGGUAGGAGGAGUGGAACAGGCUCCUAAAGGCAUGAAAAUCAGAGGCAACAUAAACAUCUGCCUGAUGGGAGACCCGGGAGUCGCCAAGUCCCAGCUGCUGUGCUACAUCGACCGUCUGGCUCCUCGAAGUCAGUACACGACUGGUCGCGGGUCGUCCGGUGUUGGUCUGACAGCCGCAGUGAUGCGUGACCCCGUAACUGGGGAGAUGACCCUGGAAGGUGGAGCCUUGGUGCUGGCUGACCAGGGCAUCUGCUGCAUUGAUGAGUUUGACAAGAUGGCUGACGCUGACCGCACAGCCAUCCACGAGGUGAUGGAGCAGCAAACCAUCUCCAUCGCAAAGGCGGGCAUCAUGACCUCCCUCAAUGCCCGUUGCUCUAUUCUAGCCGCAGCCAAUCCCGCCUAUGGCCGCUACAACCCCAAGAAGAGCAUUGAGCAGAACAUCCAGCUGCCGGCGGCGCUGCUCUCCCGUUUCGACCUGCUCUGGCUGAUCCAGGACAAACCGGAUGCCGACGCCGACCUGCGUCUGGCCCAGCACAUCACUUACGUCCACCAGCACUGCCGCCAGCCACCCACUCACUUCACCCCCAUUGAUAUGAAGCUGAUGAGGCGCUACAUCUCUGUGUGCAAGAAGCGGCAGCCUGUGGUGCCAGAGUCACUGGCUGAUUACAUCACUGCUGCGUACGUGGAGAUGAGGAAAGAGGCCAGAGUCAGCAAAGACACCACCUUUACCUCCGCCCGUACCCUCCUGUCCAUCCUGCGUCUGUCCACUGCCCUGGCUCGUCUCCGCAUGAUGGACUCUGUGGAGAAGGAGGAUGUCAAUGAGGCAAUGAGAAUGAUGGAGAUGUCAAAGGACUCGCUACAAGCGGACAAGUCGAGCAGCUCGAGGGCUCAACGUCCAGCCGAUGUCAUCUUCUCUCUGGUCCGUGAGCUCGCCACGGAGGGCGUGGUCGGCCGCGGCGGAGCCGGUGGGUUGGUCAGGAUGUCCGAGGCAGAGCAGCGUUGCGUCUCUCGUGGCUUCACCCCCGCCCAGUUCCAGGAGGCCCUGGAGGAAUACGAGGAGCUGAACGUGUGGCAGGUCAACCAGGCCCGCACCCGGAUCACAUUCGUCUGAAGAAGCCGGGACACGUCCUCUUGCACGCUGUGCUUCAGCCACCUGUGGGGGAAAACUCUUUGUUGUGGGUUUUCUACAGACUUCUAUCAAAGGCUCUUUAUUUUUCCUCCUCCAGCAUUUUGUAAAACAAGUCAAGCAGAACCAGGACAGUUUUUCCAAGCAUGACCGUUUUUUUGCAAGAAUUCUGCUGUUGGAGAUCCAUAGUGUUUUAAGAUUCCUAUUCAUAAAAGUAAAUUGCUUGUAAAUAUGUCAGAACUUGUUAUUGUGUGAUGCGGUCUGCAGUUUAGAGCUUAAAGCUUCGGCUGGAGUGGAUUAUUUCUGUACAUUUUAAUGCUUCAUCAUUCAAAUUGGGCAAGAGAAAGUAACAUUGAGCCUUGACAAUAGUUAUAAUAAAUUAAUGGUUCAAUACUG